AUGGAAAACUCGGAUACGUUUCCCACUCUUGCCUCGUCCAUUGAGUGGUUCUCUUCGCCUCCCCAGGCUGUCCUCGAUCAUCUCUCUUCUAGUCCUGGUGCGCCCGUGAACGGCUGCGCAGAGGGAGAUGGAGGCCACGGCUCUUUCUCUUCGCUCUCUGCGUGCCCCAAGACUCAAGCGUGGGCUGACGACAGAAGAUGUUCCGCCGCAUCCUCGAAUCCGCCUACUCGCUUUCGUUUCUCCUCUGCGUCGCCUUCGCUGUCUUCCGCGGAACGUCCUGCCGUGCCGCCGUCAUCUUUGGGAGACGGCAGUGUCGCUUCCGACCUGAUUGCAGACUCAUCUGGGCGGACCUCUCUCAGUCCUGGAUCGUCGCCUGUCCACAGAGCGGAGUCAACGGUGUGUGCACCCUCUGAUCUGCACUGGCCAUUGAAGACGAGUAUGGGGCCAAGUGCACAAGGCGACGGAGCGCUGUCGUCAUCUGCCUCCACUCUCAAACGCAAGAAAGCAGACGAGAAACAGGGGCAACCUGAGAACCCUGUGGCACGUUUUGCGUGUGACGAAAAUGCCGGGUACAACGCGGUGGCUGUCGGUCCCUCUACGAGGCCUGUCGCCUCUCCCCCGUGUCCCUUUCCUUCGUUGUCUACAGAUGCCACAGACGGUUUACUCUCAACCGGCAAUGACGCUGCGAUUGUGCCUCUUUCACGGUCUGUCCACGCGUCGCCGUCGGCCUCACCGCUGGAGCAGGAAUCUGGCAGCACGCGGGCCAUCAAAACGAACGCGGAUGAGCCGCGGCCCUCGAACCGAUCUUCUCCACCCGGGGACCUCUCACCCCCCAGCGAGCUCGAGUCGAGCGCUUUCGCGCAUGCGAGGCAGCCGUGGAUUUCUCCAACGCAUCCGUCUGUGGUGGCGUCUCCUCCCUCGUCUCCUGUCCCCCAGCGUCUCCUACGCUGCAGAUCGCCCAAGAUGUCGCCGAUUUGGCUGUCUCCCAUUUCGCUCCCGUCCAGCAAUCGGGCCAACAAAGGGGAGGAUGCACCGGUCGCGCCCGAUGGCUCCAAUGAGCCGGCACGGCGUUUUGCUUCCUUCUCUUCCUCGUCCACCGUGGGCGACUGCAGUGAGCGGCAGUGGGACAGCACCGUUGGCCAGCAUGUGUCACACAUUGUUCCGCCGUUGACAAGCGACAGCGGCUCGGCUCGGUCUCCCUCGUCUUCGUUCCCGACCUCGGGGCCGUCGGGCUGUUCGUUAGGCGCCACUGCGCGCUCUCAACCGCCUUGCUCUACGGUUACUGAGGUCGCUGCGCUGUUCGAUCCCUGUCCUGAUGAUGAUUUGCUUUUGGAAGUUUCCCCUUCGACCGCAGGCCUCACCGCUGCGACACUGCUUCCGGGCUCUGCGUUUCUUGAGAGCGAGUUCAUCUCGUCGCUCUCGCUCUCUCUCCCAGCCAUUGUCUCCUUCUUGUUCUCCCUGUUCAACGGAGACCCUCGGCUCGGCAUCCUCACACCACAAGCGAAAUUCAUGGCCUGGCGCUCUCUCGUGUAUCUCGCCGACCUUCAUGAGGGGAAAGUUGCUUCGUCGGCGGCUGCAGAAGCCGCCGCCGGAGCGCUGGGCCGGGGCGGCUAUCGCGCAGCUGCUGCCCGCGGUCCCUUCUACAGGGGUACCCACGCGCAGCAGCCAGUGCAAGCCCCGCAAGUCAGUACGCAGGAGUGUGUUGCGACGUCCAAAGGGAAACGCUCCGUACGCCACGCCCUCGUUGGGGAGCGGCCGCACGCCACCGCAGGAGGGCAAAGCUCGGCUUCGCUCCUGGCGUCGCCGCCUGGGACGGUACCUCCCGCAGGUUCACCGUGUUCUGCGCCUGCCUCUGUGGCGUCGCAGACUCGGGGCCUCUUUGGGCGGUGCCCGUUGCCGUCGUCGAGGCCGCCUGUGUCGGAGUCAGGCGAGAAGGACGGAGGCACAGAGCCGGAGAACGCUCUAGAUCGCCUUGACUUCUUCAAAUUCCCGCGCACGAGCUUGCCAGGAUUGCCGACUGCAGGCGAGAGAGGCUGCGACAAGGCGGGGCGAGAGACGCAGGAGUCGUGGAAGGCCGCCGAAGCGCUCUGGGCGGCGGCACGCGCGAACGGCUCCACGGCAGCAUCCGAUUUGCCGAGUGCGGCAACUGCUUCCGGUUCGUCCGGCGGGGGUAAGCGGUCUCGAACCUACGGCCCGGCAGGGGACGGCGCGCCGGCGGCGAGCGGUUCUGAAGGGUCGGUUGCUUCCGCGGGCAGUGGCGGGACGCGAAGCGCCGUGCCAGCGGAGCGUCCACGAGAGGGGAGUGACAUUCGGGCUGCGAGCGCUUCGACAUCCGACGACGACGCGCCGUUCUUCCGGUUGGGAGAUCAACACCUGCCCCACGCUUCGUCCGGAGCCGGGCCCUGGCAGCAGCGGAGGGCCGGGGGUGAGUCGCACGCAGCGCGAAGUGAGCCGGAUCGAAGUCGAAGAGGGGAAGCAGACCGGCCUGACUCUCCUGAUGGCGUCAAGGCGAAGGCAGGUGUGCACUCGGAGAGGCGGUCGGACUCCGUGUCGCAAACCCCCUCGUCUGUUGCAACUUCUUUCUCUCCGCAGGGCGAGACUUUUCUGCAAGAGCAGAUGAACCUCCUUGCCCAAAUAGGCGACGAGCAGCAGGUUGUUGGCUACGAAGAAAACUUUCCACGCUUUGUCUGCGGGACCGUUGACCGGCGCUGGGCCCUCCAGCAGAGGACCGUCAAAGUGCCGCUCGACAAGACGCUCACUGCCAGUGGAGGAAGCCUGGGAGGGAAGAAAUCCGGAGGCGGGGAAAAGGACGGCGCGACCGCAGCGGAAGGGGGCGGAGGCAGCAAGAAAAAAGCGGGGCAAUGCGACGACGCAGGCGGAAAAGACAAGGCAGGCAGCGGCCUCGUGCUGGAACUCCAAUUUGAGGAGAUUCGGUACAGUGCGGCCAAAAGAAUGUGGCCAAAGAUCUCUCCUAUCCUGCCUGAAAAGCUCACGGCUGGGUUGCAAGUCCAGGUGGCGUGCUACGCCAAGAUUCUUGACCGAGGAGACAAUCCGGGCACUCGCGAGAGUCGCUUGGGGUGGACGGACGAGGGGAGUAGACUGGUGUGGAGAGAUGGCGAAGUCACGAAGGUUCUUCCGGCUUCCGGCGAGAUCUACGUUCGCGUCCAGGCGAGCUACCAAGACUACAAGAGCAUGAAGUACUCCGUGACGGAUUUCGUCCCUCCGUCAGUGCCCAUCGCGAGGCCUCGCGACAAGCUGUGGCGGCUGCGACCCCCUGUAGCAGAUGCGGCCUCAGACGUGUAUCCGGGUUCGUGCAUCUGCAUGAGCAUCACGCCCGCUUCAGCAGCCCCGGCGUCUGGGCGUCCCGUGUUCUAUGUGGACGCAGUCGUCCACAAGGUCUUUUAUUCGUCAGAAGACGCUCGGGAAUGCCGACGUCGAUGCGCAAAAUUUCGCACCGAGCACACCGCGUCCGCAGAGUCGCCCAAGGCGGGAAAGGCGGGGCCAGGCAGCGCGACUUUCUCCGCGAGGAGGAUGACUGACGCCAGCCAGGUUCCCAGCGUCUGGCCAAAGCGCCGACGAUCGUCGGAGGACGAACCGAAAGGUUCUUUCUCGGACGCAGAGAGACACGAUUCGUCACCAGUCGCAACCGGGACUCGCGGGACGAGACUGCAGCGUUCACUUCUUCGUUCGGCCCGAGCAGGAACUCCGGGCAAAUCCUCAUCACCUGCCUCAGUGUCGCCGCUCUCUACGGCAGCGUAUAACAAGCCGCGUACGCGGAGUACCAGGAGCGCCACUGGCGAGGCGGGCGUUUGUGCUAGGCCGGAGAACGGCCACGAGGUGGAUGGCGGAAAAGCGGGAGACGAGGGAGGAACGAUGCGGCAGGCGUAUGGGGGUUGGCGUUCGUCUUCGUCCCCCGAAGAGACAGCCGACGGGAGCGCGUGUGAAGCCGAAGAGAGUGAUCCAUUAGUUGAGUCCCUGAUUCACCCGAUAGAAGGCCUGAGAUGCCCAGAUGGCCGGAAACCGAUCGAGAUUCACGUGCUGCUGCUCUCUGGUGGAACCCUGACUGAAGACGUUUGCCGAGUGUCUGGCAGGCAGAUCCUCAAGUUACCGUACGACUUGCACGCACAUUUCGAUGAACUUUCGCCUGACAUCACGCGCCACCUUCCUGCAGAUCUCUUAGCCGAAACACAGGACGAGGCAGGUUCCGAGAAAGAGGAAGCACAUCCAGGCGCAUCGCCAGCAUCGGAUGGAGACGGGCCUUUUCCGGUGGACGGUGCGGGGCAACAAAGCGUUUCUGGAGACGCCGACGGACGCAGAUCUUCCUUGUGUCUUCCGGAGGGGCCACGCCCUGCGAAGCGGGCGCAGCCGCUGGAAAUCCCGCGAGCGUCUGCGCAAGCGAGUGCCUUCAUGUGGGUUGUUCCCCGAGCUUUGAGUCACCAAGUCGCGUAUACCGCAAAGGGAAGAACGCGAACGUUCAGCUCUGACUACUUCUUUCCUGCCCAACAUUCAGGGAGCGGGCCGUACCACAGCGAUCACCGAGGGGGUGGUCAUGGCCAGAGUGGCGCCACAGGUUCGUUCUCCCUUCUCUCGGCUGCACCAUGCCUGGCCGAUCCUAGCCGUUGGGAAUCCCGGACGAAGGAUCGGGCGAAGGAUUGGUUAGACUACCCGCCCUUCGUCCUCUGCUGUUUCCGGUUCCAUCCAGAGAGUCGGUACUACAGAGGCCACACGCAGCUGGUCCGGUACCUACAGCCAGAGUUGGACGUUACAGCUCUCGCGAAAGGCACCUGGAAACUGAAGCUUCCGGUGUAUCGCCCGCAACCCGAAGAUGGCGGCCAGCUGUUUGUGCACCCUUCUGGCCCGCCUCUCGAUCCAUCUGGCUCCGCAAAAGAAUUCCAAGUCGACAGCAAGAAGCGAGAGAACACGGAGGAGCAGGACAGAAGACGCCCGGAUGGAGUCUCGCGAAAAGGAGACUCGCUCAGUACUGAGUCCUUCGCAAGGACGGAGAAAUUCGAAGAGGGACGAGAAGACCCUGCGGUUCCGGCCUUGGCCGAUGAAUCUUCUGGUGGCAAUUCCAGAGGCGCAAUCUGUUCGGAGGAGGAGCAAGACAAUGGAGCGAGACACAGCCGACCUGAGCGGAGACCGAAAGAGGCUCGUCUCGUGGGCGAAGACACCUAUCCAGGCGAGCGACAGGCUGCAUACCUCUCAGACGGGAAGCACGACUCCUCGAGGGGUCAGGCUGCGGAGAGAGAGGAAGCCGCAGACGGAGCCGGGGCAGCUGUCAAGGAGGAAGCAUUCGCUCCGGGACCGGAGGGCAAAGGCAUCUGGACAGGCGGUCUUGCAUCAGUGAGAGGAGGAAUAAGGCGUAAGCGGGAGCAGCCGGAGCAAGGCGAUUUAACAAGUGAGGAGGGGAAGCACGAAGACGGAAAGCGCGAGGGGCAACCGCGUGGCUGUAAUCCAAAAGUUGACGCAUCCCGCGGAGGCGGCCUCAGCCCCGCCCCGGUCCACAGCUCAAUUCCGGAAGAUCUAAAUUGUCAAGCUGGUGGAAACGGAAUCGGCGCUGCAAAGGGUCUGCCUUGCAAACGCGGUGGGGGAGGGGAUGAGGCAACGGACGGGCCACAUCUGCCGAAGCGGGGAAAGACCGGGGUACCUCCUUUGGGCUCUAGUCUGCCGGUGGGGGGUACGCGAGACAGGCCGCUGAAGCGGAACGAAGAGUGGUCAAAUGCAGAAGAAGAGAGAAAGGCAGCCGGACGAGGCCUCGACAUGCUCCAAUAUGUGCCCUAUGGAGAGAAACAUAAGGCAGAGAGAAGUCGAAAUGGUCUGGCGGCAUCGGGAGCGGUGUCGAAUCUGUGCUCUGAGGCGACCGGCAGGACACUAGGAAACGCGACAGAGACGAACGAACACGGAAGGGAGGGCGGGCGUACAACAGAGCGCUUUUGGAGUGUACGAAACGUUAAGGACCGCCUAUGGCGUUUUCUAGCCAAUGAAAGAGACAGACGAAGCCAGUUCGCUCAUGAGAACCUUCUUCUCGAUUGGGACGACGAUGAGGGCGCCGCAGCCGGUUGGCAGUUGCAUGCUGCUGCCGGUGGUAUUGACGUGGAUAUGAGAGGAGGAAUGGAAGACGAAGCGGGAGAACAAGGAGAUGGCGGAGGGCGGAGAGGGACUUCUGGGCGGUUUGCAGCGGGGUUUGACGCGUGUGGCAUGCGCUUGGUCCCAGGGCUGGGCAGAGGAGAAGCGUACGGGAGCGGGGGGCAGAACGAGGGCCGAAGGAGAAGAGAAGAAGACGAUAGUUCUGGUUCGUCUCUUCUGCGGUCCGAUCCCUGGCAACGUAACUGCAGCGCUCUAUCUUCCAAACUCCCUCCGCGUGACACAGCUUCCCUUGUCGAUGGGCUAGAUCAUGAUGAGACGGACGUCGACAGUUCCGGCCUGUCGAUCUCUGAUGUUGCCAGAUUCCUUUUAAAACAACAGCCAGUUUACCGGGGUGAACGAGAAAGCAGCGCACCGCAAUCGACGUCUUCGUCAGCAGAUUACAGCGUAGACGAGCAGACGAAGGGACAGCUCCUUUCGGCGACGCCUCUCCCACCCUCGAAUUCAUCAUUUUCUUUUAACAGAUCGACAAUGGUUUCUGCCCGACCUCGUGGCUCCAAUCUAGCCGUGCCACACCGAGGCGGAGAGACGAACAUUCGUCGCUACCGGUCCUGCCAGGAUCCGGGUUCUGUGGAGCAAGGAGUGCCACCACGCGAAGCGCGACAAAGCGGAAGUAGGGUACGCAGUCAAAGCGGGCGUCAAGCACCGCGCCAUCUGGACUUUUACCCGUCACCGGAAGGCAGCGUUCAGGACGAGUGGAGUGAACAAGAAGCUUUUCUGUUGUCUGUCCCACAGGUGGAGAGAGAACGGAUGCUGGAGGGCUUACCCGAAUUCGACGAGUCGCUCUUAAGGCAUGAUGGUGUCUCGGCGCUGGCCCAGCUCUUGAAGACUGGCCAUAAGCGCGUCUGUGAGGCGCCUGAGGGGAGCCGGAGAGAAGGUCAACAGUCCCUUCACCGACGACAAGGCAAGGAAAGCAGCGCUGGCAGCCGACUCGUGGAAACAGCGAGGGGACACGGAAGAAGGGCUCUCUGGAAUUCUGGUUGUUCUACGCCUGACGAGCAAGAAUGUGUUCGGAGAAGUCUUUUUGAAGGCCACAGAGAAGGACGAUUUCAGGGAACGCCUAGGGAAGAAGCGGCGGGAGAGAGACGGACGUGUCACCGCCCGGCAGACAGGGCGAGCGGCGCUUCAGACAGUAGCGCCAGCAGCCGGCGCCCAAACCGUAGUGGUGGCGUCUGCUCUGAAGACGAUGUAGGACAGGUCGGUCGUCGAUCACAGCGACACCAUGGCGCUCCUGAACCGAAAAAGGAAGCCGACACGAGUUCGGCGAGAUUCAUCGUGUCCGACAGAGACGAAUCUGAGACCGCGACCUCGAGGCACCAACCCCAAAAUGCCCGCAUGUCCCAGCCUUCUCAAUUGGUUGUCUGUCCUCCUGUUUCGCCGGUGUCAGGUGAAGACGAAAAUCCUGGUGAGGGUUCUCGACCGAUGACCGGCGGGCACAGCAGAGUGGCAGACCGAAAUCUCGUGUCAUCUACAAAAACCAAAGAGUCACCUGCCACAUUGCCGGACGCACCAACGGAUGAGGGGGACGGUGAUUCUCGCGUUGUGAAGGCUGGUGGGAAAGCAGAAAUUCCCGAUUUCGUCGAUGGGAAUGGGGAUUCAUUGCAGCGUCGCAUUCGCAUGGGGGUUGACCAAGUGGAGGCCGAGCGAGAAACGAGAAAACGUGCAGCGGCGGAGUUUGCGUCAACCACGGGAGCGCGCACGGGAGCGGCGGAUUUUUCGCGGCUUGCCUCGGACCAGGGUUUGUCAUCGACAUCGUCCGUGAGCUGCUCGGUGGUUCUGUCUCGCUCGCGGUCGCUUUCUCCGCCCAGCAGUGACAUUCGCGGCGGCUCCUCGGAUUCGGCGCAAGUGGUGUCGCUGACGUCGUCUUUCUGCCAAGGCAAGGCCGAGACGAGAGAUUCAGCAGACACGGGGAACCUGGCAAAGCGUAACGGGAGGGGUGGCGGAGGCCAGACGUUUUCCCUGCCACACUCCGGGCCUAAAGAGACGAGACGAGAUGCGAGACCCAUGACGUCGUCAGCGGAUGACAGCAACGGCGGGGUUUCUUCAACUACUAGCACGCGUCAGUCUCCGCCGCUCGGGCGUCGCCUGGCCAGGACCCCGCCGUCAAGUGGAGCGGGUUCUUCUCGAAGAAGCUCAGUGGCGUCUGCCUUAGAUGGCCAGUCCGUGGCAAGUGUGCACGCUUCACCGGCGCUCUCAGCAACGUCUCUGGACAGCAUUGUCGGUCGUGAGAGACAGGCCACACCGCCGGUUUCCGCGGGUGCGGGCGGAGCGUGUGGAGGAGCAGAUCCGUACGGUACACUCUCUCCACAGACUGGUGUUCCGAGGGAUGCAGCAGACGACCUGGCAGCGAAUGUGUCCGAAGGAAGCCUUUCAAGUUCCGGAGAAGACCGAGCUGAAGACGAUGCUGUCCCUCCGAAACUCGGUGGCUCCUUGUCUCGGCAUGCAGGCCGUGGCAAGAAGCGGAAGCGGCGGGCUGGAGCGCCGAGCACUGGGAGCGAUUCGGGGUGCGUUUCACUUCAACAAGAACGGGGUGUAGAAGGUGGCCAACCGCCCGACCAGCGCAAAAGAACAGGCAGACGCAGUCCAGAUAAUCCUGUGAGUUCGCGACGGGGCCCGAGAGACGUGUCGAGCCCGCCGGGGGGGACUGUGUGCUUGGGCGAGGGAGAAGCCGCGACGUCAGGCCCCCCGCGACGCCCAGGAUCCGUUCGGUCUUCUGGGUACUCUCCAGGCAGGGCCAAGCAGGUGGAGCUGCCCAGGGGGUCGGAGGCGGCUUCAGUGGAAGCUGCAUCUCGGCGCUCCGGACGGAGACGUCUCGUGUCAUCUCGUGUUGCUUCCGAUGGUUUUGGAAAAGGAGGCGAUGAUGGAGACUCAGGGGAGACGGAACGACAGGUCUCCUCACACACACAGAGCAGGAGGCCGCGGCGAGCCGCUGCAGAGGGCGCGUCGCGUAUUUGGACGGGCAAACAGAUCAAGGCAGAAAGUCGGGGCGGCGCGCGUGCUGAAGAUGAAGAAGAAAUGAUCGUGGCAGAAGAGAGGUCGGCGGGAAGAGAGAGUGAUGAAGAUUUCGUGCCGUAG